UGUGCGAAAAACGAAACUGGUUUGUCAUGGCUAUGCCACAUGCAUUUGGACACACUCGCUCAGUGAUUGAUCAGUGUGAUAAGUAAAUUUGUAGGCAACAGACGUCUUUGGGCAACAGAACGUCACCAAAUGACUGUUACUUCAUUCAAUCUGGUGACCAAAGCUCCCACAUUGGGAGUGCGUCAUUUGCAGGUGUUGUUUCUUUUCAGUUGUGGCGCUUUGGCAAUCCACCAGCGUAUGAAUCUGAGUGUGGGCAUUGUGGCCAUGACCAAUGCCAAUAGUUCUAAUCCAAAUUAUCCCGAAUAUAUAUUCACCGAACAACAGAAGUCUUAUAUAUUGGGUAGCCAAUUUUGGGGCUCUUGUUUCACUCAAUUGAUUGGCGGCUAUCUCUCUAGUCGUUAUGGUACCAAAAUAUUGUUAAUGUGUAUAUCAUUAAUCACAUCCCUACUGAGUCUGGCCACACCCUGGGCCGUAUCAUUGGGUGGUUGGCAAUUGCUAUGCGGAGUCCGUUUUCUUCAGGGUCUAGCCAUGGGUGGUAGUUGGCCUUGCUUCUAUACACAUUUGGCUAAAUGGUGUCCCAAGGCGGAAAGAAAUCGUUUGGGUGGCAUCAUGCAAACUGGCUUGGAUAUUGGAACAGCUAUAGGAUUCGCUUUGAGUGGUGUAUUGGCUGCUUCACCCUUUGGCUGGCACAGUAUAUUCUAUGUGCCAGGUUUUCUUGGGCUCUUGUGGUGUCUUUUGUGGUCCCGCUAUGGUGCAAGUUCUCCUGCUAUGUCGCCAUUUAUUUCGGCGGUGGAACUCAAAUAUAUUGAAUUGGCUCAGGAACAAGAGCAUUCCCAUGCAAGCACUGCUCCUCCAGUGCCCUGGCUGCAAAUAUUUACCUCUCGGCCUUACUUGGUGUUGGCGUUUUGUAAAAUGAGUCAGGCGUUUAAUUUCUAUACACUAAUGCAACAGAUUCCACGCUAUAUUCAUGGCAUAUUUCGUUAUAAUAUUCAGAUUAACGCUUUACUCUCCGCUCUGCCAUUUGUGGUGAUGUGUCUAAUGUCAUAUUUUUUUGUCUUUCUGGCUGACUACUUGACCCGGCGCUGUAAUAUACCUUUGGUUGUAUUGAGAAAGACCAUCAAUUCGUUGGCCUCUUGGAUUCCGGCCGUGGCCCUGAUUGCUCUCUCCUUUGUCCAAGCGGAGAAUGUCUUGGGUAGCAUCUCUUGCAUGACUGUCGCUGUGGCGGCCAUUGCAGGACAGGCCAUUGGCAGUCUCUCGCCUAAUUUCGCUGGCUUAUUAUUUAGCAUAAGCAAUACUUUGAUGAGUUUGGCUGGCGUGAUAUCGCCUCUAAUCAUUGGAUUGACUGUGGAAAAUGAGUCUGAUCGCUCUCAAUGGCGUUUAGUUUUCUUGGGCAUUGCCCUUAUUUUAUUUGUUGGCAAUUUGAUGUAUGUGAUUUUUGGUCGCAUGACUGUGCAACCCUGGAACGGUCCCAGUAAGCAAGAGGAUUCUAGUCAAGACACAAGACAGGGCUCUCAGUCUGAAGCUAGAACUAAUCAAAGUGUGGAAAAAUUUGCCUAUUUUUAAAUAUUAUUUAUAAUUUGUAUAUUUUAAGCUCUUCAUUAAAGAUCUAACACAGGAAA